AUGAUGUACGGAUCGGAGACGUGGGCAGCGUCAUCAACGGUUAUGGAGAGGCUUGAUUGCACGGAACGAAAGCUGCUUAGACGGCUACUUGGCUACUUUUGGCCUAGGGAGACCGGCAGAUCGCCUUGUUCAACGAGUUCUGAGGAGUUCGUCGGGUUCGAGCUGGAAGAAGCCAUCUGGCCGAAAACGGAAGUUAUGGAUUGA